UGUUUUCCAUCGAAGCUUCAGUUUUAGUCAGUUCACCCCAAGCUUUGCUCUCAAUAGUGUGUUGGAAAUUUUCGGAGAAAAUCGGCUCGGAAUCGAGAUUGUUGUUGGAGUUGUCAACAUUUUUUUCGAACCGGUACAAUCGUCAAAAAUGUCGGUGGAACUGUUGAUGUUUGGAGUUACUAAGAAAAUGGAUGAAAGCAGCCUGGCUAUAGACUAUGUGGUGUUUGUGCUGUUGAUAUGUGCUUCGACCAGUGUGGCGGUGUACGGCCGUCUAUCGGGCCCCAAGGAAAGGACUAAAGCAGAUUUUGUGUUUGCGGCCAGCAGUUCAGUGUCAGUGAUCGCCAUGAUGCUUUCCGUCGCCAGGGGAUUUUUGGGAGUUCGAGUUUUUCUCGGAUAUCCAUCAGAGCUGUUCUAUAGAGGCAGCGGAAUGUGGGAGACUUUAUAUGGAAUGUCAAUUGCCUUUCCCAUCGUCUGCUUCGUAUUCGUACCUGUUUACUAUAGUUUAGGAAUUACUUCUGUUUAUCAGUAUUUAGACCUGAGGUUCAAAUCCCGCCUGGUCCGGUGCCUAGCUUCGGGGACUUAUGUGAUGCGAAGUCUGCUGAAUCUCGGUGUGACUGUGUUCACUCCAUGCGUCGCCCUCAAAACAGUCAUUGGACUUCCCUACUGGGCUUCCAUCUGUAGCAUAAUAGCGAUCGCCAUUUUUUUCACCGUCAUGGGUGGUCUAAGAACGGCAAUAAUGGCGGAUGUGGCCCAAUUGCUGGUCAUGAUGGCCUGCAGUCUAAUUAUCAUCUUCCAAGGACUCAUUCAAAAUGGAGGAGUGACCAAUGUUGUCAACAUCAGCUACGAGAGAGGACGUCUGGAUUUCUUCAAUUGGGACAGUGAUCCUACUAAACGAGUGACAACAUAUUCAGCUCUCAUUGGUCAACUCUUCAUGUCUCUUUCUAUUUUCGGAUGUCAACAGAACUUUGUGCAAAGAUACUGCAGUAUGAAAUCUAGGAGAAAAGUUUACAAGACUCUAUUGGGGAAUGUGCCAGUGAUGACUGUACUAUUCAGCCUGUCGUGGAUAGUGGGAAUGGUUGUGUUUGCCAGCUAUUACGACUGUGAUCCAAUGAAGCUGGGACAUAUCAGUGACAUCGACGAGAUUCUGCCAUUCUACAUCGAGGACAAAUUCUACUUCCUACCUGGCUUCCUUGGACUUAUCAUGGCCAGUCUGUUCAACG